UUGUGACGCUUGACUCUUGUAGAACUUACACGCAUUUUUGCCUUCUCGGUUGAUUUCCCCUCCAAUAUUGUGCAUUUUGCAGGUAUAUUAGCUCCCCGGUUGUAGUCGCUACACAUUUAAUAGUUUCUUUUCAUUUUCGGUGGGCAAGACAUGUCUGACUGGUGACGCUUUAAGGAAAGGAGUCUGCCGAAAGAGUUUUCGAGUCAGGCCUGUUUGUGUUCUUUCCCAUCAGUGCAGCUGGUGGCUAACACAGAAAUGUCACUGGCCGAGUAUGAGCGACAUUUCGACUCGCUCAGUUCCGAUUUGGCCAGCGGGUCUGUGCUGAGCGAGCGGUCAACGUCAGCCACGUUUAAUGGCGAAGAGGAGAAGUUGCAUUACAUUCCCAUCCGGAUCCUCGGGAGGGGGGCGUUCGGUGAAGCGACGCUGUACAGAAGAACCGAGGACAACUCCCUGGUUGUAUGGAAGGAGGUGGACCUGAACUCGCUCUCUGAACGUGAGCGCAGGGAUGUCAUGAAUGAAAUCGAAAUACUAUCCAUCUUGGAGCACAACAACAUCAUUGCUUACUUCAAUCACUUCAUAGACAAAAACACUCUGCUCAUUGAGCUUGAAUAUUGCAAUGGUGGAAAUCUUUAUGACAAAAUCGUCCAACAGAAGGGCAAACUUUUUAAUAAGGAGGUGGUUAUUUGGUUCCUGUACCAGAUUGCUUCGGCCGUGGCCCACAUUCACAAAGCUGGCAUUUUACACAGGGAUAUCAAAACGCUCAACAUUUUCCUGACCAAGACUGACCUCAUCAAGCUCGGUGAUUACGGUCUUGCCAAGAAACUCGGCUCGGAGUUUUCGAUGGCAGAAACGUGCGUGGGAACUCCAUAUUAUAUGUCGCCAGAAUUGUGCCAGGGAGCAAAGUACAACUUCAAAUCUGAUAUCUGGGCCAUGGGCUGUGUGCUUUUUGAAGUCUUAACUCUUACAAGAACAUUUGAUGCUACGAAUGCUCUCAACCUGUGUGUAAAAAUAGUUCAGGGAAACUGGACUAUGGAUGUGAACCGGGAUGUUUAUGGAGCUGAAUUGAUUAAGCUAAUUUACGAGUGUCUUAAUCAAGAUCCUGCAAAGAGACCAACAGCUGAGCAGAUUCUGGACCAGCCGGUCCUCUCCUGUUGCCGACAGGAGCUUGCAGAGCGAGUCGCCCUGCUGAAUUCUGCAAUGAAGAAACCAAAGCUGAGUACAGCCACCGAGACCCCUGUUGCCGUGGUGACCACACGCUCAAGAGAGGUGUAUUUCUGGGGCGGAGGCAAGUUCACGCCCCAGAAACUGGACACUUUUAAAGGGGGCAGCGGUGCUCAACAUGUAUGUGCUGGAGAGAGUCACUUUGCAGUGGUGACGGUGGAAAAAGAACUGUACACUUGGGCGAAUGUUCAAGGCGGCACCAAGAUGGUGGGCCAACUGGGGCAUGGAGAUCAAGCUUCCUAUCGACAACCCAAAAGGGUUGAGAAGCUCCAGGGAAAGGCCAUCCGACAGGUGGCGUGCGGUACUGACUUCACUGUCUGCAUCACUGAUGAGGACCAAAUGUACACGUUUGGCUCAGACUAUUACGGCUGCAUCGGUGUGGAGGGUGUCAUGGGCAUGCAGAUCCUGGAGCCGGUGCUUCUGGAGUUUUUUGAGGAGCGGCCGGUCCGUCAGGUUUCUUGCGGAGACAACCAUGUGGUGGUGCUCACCCACAGUGGAGACAUCUUCUCCUGGGGUUGUGGAGAGUAUGGGCGACUAGGUUUGGAAUGUGAGGAUGAUUUUUCUUCUCCAAUGCAAGUGGAGCUCCCCAAAGGCGCCACCAUCUCGUCUGUGUCAUGUAGCAGUGACGGAACCUUCUUCUUGACAGACACUGGCAAAGUUCUAGCUUGUGGGAACAAUGAAUUCAACAAGCUAGGUCUGAACCAAGAAUUCUCCGGUCUCAAACACCACCCUGGAGAGGUACUGGGUUACCAGGCCAUCCCUUAUACCACAACACUGACUUUGGCAAAGCAGCUGUCACGCUUUGCCAUCCAUACUAUAGCUCCAGGGAGAAACCAUACAGCCGCCAUUGACGAACGUGGUCGCCUCCUCACAUUCGGGUGUAACAAGUACGGCCAGCUAGGUGUCAAAGAUUUUAAGAAACACCAAGGUGUGCAAGUCCUGGUUGGACCAUUUGGGGGAAAGAUCGUCAAAUUAGUUUCUUGUGGGGAUGGCUUCACAAUCGCAGCAACGGAGGACAAUCAGAUCUUCGCAUGGGGAAAUGCAGGAAACGGGCGACUCGGAAUGCCUGCUGACAAGGGAUUCGGUUCAGAGGUUUGUCCCGCCAUGCCGAGGCCCAUCUUUGGAUCCCUCCACCACGUGCCAGACCUUUCUUGUCGUAACUGGCAUACCAUCAUCAUCAUGGAAAAAGUGCUCAACUCCAAGACCAUUCGCUCGAACAGCAGUGGAUUGUCAGUUGGUAGUGGGAUUGGACAGGAUGGUUCCAUAGCCACCGUGGAUCUGGAAAUGGAGCCGGGUUCCGAGACGGAGUGUCAGGACAGGGGCCUCGGGGGUACUGUGGAGGUUGAUCUGGAUGCUUGCAAUUUGGAAACGCCAAUGAUGUCGAUGGCAAAUCAGACUGGAGACAGUUCGUGUCCUCUCUGGCUGAGAAAGGAGCUUGAGGAUGCUGAGUUUAUCCCAAUACCUGAUGAGUCAGAUAUUCCUCCAGACGAGCUGCCAUCUUUCUCAGAGAGUACCACUCUGCCGUAUAAUGAGCUGAAGGACCUGAAGGCUGUUGCAGCAGCUGUCAGCAGUGAGCAUGACCUAUCGAGCACGCGAGCAAGCGAUGACAAACUUAACGGCCUCGAGGAGGCCGUCGUCUUCAGCCAAGGGGACUCGAUCACGUGCUGCAGAGCAAGUAGCGAGGUGGCAGAGCUGCGAGAGAUGGUCACUCAGCAAGAGAAGAGGAUCCAGAUGCUGGAGAAGCAGGUCAAUGACCAGCAAAAGGACAACGAGAGAUUGUUGGCAGCUUUCAACCGGCUAUCGCUGCUGGAAACUAGGUGUGACAAUAACGGCAACCAUUGCGACGGUCACGUACCUGACGAUGGGGGAGCAGCACGAGCAUCUGGGUUCACACCGCAUGGGGGCAGACCUGCAGGGUCCAGCUUAUGAGGUCCAGCUUGCUAAUGCCCUUCUCAAUGGGGGAUGUGACGAAACUCUGCAUUUUCGGAAUUCAUCAGGCCGGUGAAUGUGAGAAUAGAAAACAACUGCCUCACAUACCUUAACAAGCCUCUCGUGUUGUUACAUACGGUAUUUAACAAAGUGUGUGUUAUUUUAUUGCAUAUGCACAAUUGUUCUCGUGCACAUGUUGCACACAGGCUUCCUACAGACUGACAUGUUGACUGGGUUCAACAUGAGGCGUCAGACAAUCUUAGUGUUAUUCCAUCCACAAUGUGAAUCUCAAGUCCUCGUUUUACUGGCAACCGUUGUUUACUUAAAGUGAUGUCACCUUGAGGCUUUAGUGCUUGCAUGUUGGCGGCUAUCAUUCAGCAGAAAAAAAAGAAAACUUAUGAGCGCAAAUGUGAGGCCUUGAACCAGAUCGGUUAAGUGGGUUUGUUUAUGAUUAGGCAGAAAAAAAAAACUUUGUAGAGCAGAACCUGAAACAGGACCUUGGCAGAAGACUGCGCUCACUCUUGAGUGCACUUGUUUGCUUGUCAAUAGCGUAAAUGCCGUACUCAACAGAUAAAAGAAUUGUAGAAAUCUUAGUCAUUACAAAAUUACCAAAGUUGUGUGUCACUGUCAGACUGUCAUCUCCGUUCAUUUAUCAGAAUGUUUAAAAAAAAACUAUUUAAUUGCCUUAUCCUCACUAAUAUGCGAUAUUUGAAACCCCAGUUCUUAUGCAAAUAUGUUUUUUAAAAUGUGCAUGUAUUCUUUUUAUAUAUCUGGUGAAACUACUGACAAGGUAGCUGUAGACAGUUUCUCUUAGCCAUUUGUGUGGCUGGCUAAAUCUGCCACAUUUAUGACGCAAACACUUGAAUCGUUUUAUUAGAAGGGGAAGAUUUUUUUAUUUUAUUUGCAACCUGAAAUAGUCAGCAAUCUUUAGUCAGUUGUUUUGUAUAAACUCACGAGAUCUAUAUUUAAUGUACACUUGGUCAAUUAACUGUCCACUGUAAGAUGUGUUGUCUUAGCAUAAUGCAGUGUCUUAAGCUUUUGAAACCAAAACCUGUAUAAAUAACUUGUUUGUGUCUUACGACAUAUUUUUUGACAGCUUUAAAAUGUCCCGGAAAGUAUACAUAUGUCUUCAAGUAUAUGUACUGUGUAAAAUACAUAAAUAUAAUUAAACCAAA